CCAGCCCCUUUGAAAAUUGCCUCUCAUCUCCACUUCCUCCUUUCAUUCUACCUACCAUCUUCAACAUUUCGGCCUUACCAGACCCUUCCUCCUCCUUCUUCCUUUAUAAACAAACCUUCCCUCAGUUCUCUUCCCAUCUCACAGUCUCUCCACCAUUUUUGAAAUACCCUGGUUUCAGAUUGGUCAAUUGACUCCACAAGAGAUCUAUCUAAAAAAAACCCUUAUUUGUAAACAUUACAAUGGCCUUUUCCAAUGCCGCCCCUCUCUCUUCAUCCAAAUUGAUCUUCAAUCCUCUUCUUGAGCCUAAAUCUCACCAACCCACUUCGUUUUUUGUUCCAUCCAAGACCCAUCUCAGGCUUCGCCAACGGAUCUCUGCCGUUCACGCUGCAGAGCCGGCCAAUGACAAGGUUGUUGUUGAGACCCCACGUAAGAAGACGGUGACGGCGCCGUCUACCAACGAGAAAUGGAGUUUGGAGAGCUGGAAAUCUAAGAAGGCUUUGCAGCUUCCUGAGUACCCGAAUGAAGCUGCUCUUGAGUCUGUUCUUAAAACCAUUGAGUCGUUUCCUCCCAUUGUGUUUGCUGGUGAGGCUAGGAGCUUGGAGGAGAGGCUCGGUGAGGCUGCCUUGGGCAAUGCUUUCCUCUUGCAAGGUGGGGAUUGUGCUGAGAGUUUCAAGGAGUUCAGUGCUAAUAAUAUUAGGGAUACAUUCAGGAUUCUUCUCCAGAUGGGUGUUGUUCUUAUGUUUGGUGGACAAAUGCCUGUCAUUAAGGUGGGAAGAAUGGCUGGUCAGUUUGCAAAGCCAAGAUCAGAUCCUUUUGAGGUGAAGGAUGGAGUAAGUCUGCCAAGUUACAAGGGAGACAACAUUAACGGCGAUGAUUUUACUGAGAAGUCAAGGAUCCCAGACCCUGAGAGGAUGAUUAGAGCUUACACUCAAUCUGCUGCAACUCUCAACCUUCUCAGGUCCUUCGCUACUGGAGGAUAUGCUGCAAUGCAGAGGGUCACCCAAUGGAAUCUUGAUUUUGCUGAAAACAGUGAACAGGGUGAUAGGUAUCACGAACUUGCUCGUCGUGUCGAUGAGACCCUUGGAUUCAUGGCUGCUGCAGGACUUACUGUCGACCAUCCUAUUAUGACAACAACUGAGUUCUGGACCUCUCACGAGUGUUUACUUUUGCCUUAUGAACAAUCACUUACCAGACUGGACUCAACAUCUGGCCUUUACUAUGACUGCUCAGCUCACAUGCUUUGGGUUGGGGAACGAACCCGACAACUCGAUGGUGCCCACGUAGAGUUCCUUAGAGGGGUUGCUAACCCUCUUGGAAUUAAGGUGAGCAACAAAAUGGAUCCAAAUGAGUUGGUUAAACUUAUUGAAAUCCUCAAUCCUGAUAACAAGCCAGGAAGGAUAACUGUCAUCGUAAGAAUGGGUGCUGAGAACCAAAGAGUAAAGCUUCCCCAUUUGAUUAGAGCCGUACGAAAGGCAGGGCAAAUUGUGACAUGGGUCUGUGAUCCAAUGCAUGGAAACACCAUUAAGGCACCAUGUGGCCUUAAAACACGUCCAUUUGAUGCUAUUCUGGCUGAGGUCCGAGCAUUCUUCGACGUGCACGAACAAGAAGGGAGCCACGCCGGAGGAAUUCAUUUGGAAAUGACUGGACAGAAUGUGACAGAAUGCAUUGGAGGAUCCCGAACUGUAACAUUCGAUGACUUAUCUUCAAGAUACCACACACACUGCGACCCAAGGCUGAACGCUUCCCAGUCGCUUGAGCUUGCUUUCAUCAUCGCGGAGAGGCUUAGGAAGAAGAGGAUUGGAAAGCAAACCCCUCUUUCCCCAGGCUUCUUUUAAAUUUCUCAAUACCAUUUUGUUUUCACUUGUGAAUGAGUCUGGAAGAGUUGGUACUUGCCAGAAACUCAAUAUCCAGUAACCUCAUUCUACCAAAAUAUAUAAAUGGUAGGAGGUAAUGUUGAGGAUAAUAUUUAGUUUUGAAGGAUUGGAGUAUUUUGCUGUGGAGAAUAAGUGAACUCCAACCAAGGGAGCUGGAGGGAUCACAAGUUUUAGAAUAUGUUUUUGACUAGUUUGUCUUUUGAGUUUCAUUCAUUUAUGUACUCUUGAAAUUUAAUUUCUCCAAUUGUGGGGCCGGAAUUUAGAUUUUUAAGAG